CAAACAUCCUAAUAUGGACUAAUGUGGGCAUUAGUGUGUGGAUGAAGUGUAGGUGUUCAUGCCAAUGAAGAAAAAGGACAAAUAGAGAAAAAGAAUGAAAAUUCAGAGAGGUUAUCUGGUAUACUGGACAAUUCAUCCGGAAGGCAUAUCCGGUAUGCUGGAUACAAAAGGAAUCAAAAAAGGGAAAAGGCAUCCGAAAGGUUAUACCGGUAUGCCCGUUGAGGCAUCUGAAAGGCUAUAUUGGUAUGCUGAAAGGCUAUAUUGGUAUACCGAAUUGACUAACCAGUAUGCCGGACUCCAAAUGAAGCAAGGUCAAAAGGUUAGGCACACCGGUAGACCGCUUAAAAGGCUCCGGUCUAUUGGACACUGUGAAUCUGCCUACUGGACACUGUGAACCUGCCUACCAAAUGAGUAACCGGCAGACUUCGAAAACUCUCUAGAAUUUGAUGCCUCAACCAAAG